GCAUAAAACUUUUGUAAUAAUCGUUUUGAAUAGAAAUAAUAAAAUCCCAUUCGAAUGACAGUUUUAAUUCGCGAAUGCAAAUCACCGAAGAAGAAUAAUUAAUCGUUAACCCAUCAAUAAUCUGGGAUUUCUGUGGAAUACUUCUGCAAAGCUUGAACUCCAAUCCACAAAUAAAAGACGCGGACUAUUUACAUACACUUGUAGAGGAUGACGAUGCUCCAAGAUAAUUAACCACCCCUAAACCACGGAAUUCCUCAAUGGAGCUUUGCAAAACCUCUCUGGGAUGCUUAACCCGGUUACGAAGACUCCAAAACCCAUUAUUCUCCCAAACCCGUGACCAGCGAACUCAAGUGAACGAGCACCACCCUGACCUUGAGAAUCACCCAAGAAUCGACACCAAGACGAUAAAAAAAUUAGAGAGGCUGUCCCUAGUGGAUUUCGGUAAUGAAGCAGGAAUAAAACGCCUGGAGGCCGCAAUAAAAUUCGCGGAAAAGCUGAAGAACUUUCCAAUAGACGACUCCGUCGAGCCACUGUACUGCAUCCUAGAAAAGGAGAGUCUUCGACUACGAGAGGAUAAAGUGACCGAAGGCAACUGCAGGGAGAAAGUCCUUAAGAACGCGAUAGUAACUGAGGACGAGUACUUCGUGGCACCUCCGGGGAAUAUCCCCCUCGAGCAAUGACCUUAGAGAAAA